CACAGCCUAGGGGUUGUAGAGUUCUGUCUACUCAGCUAGUUUCAAUAGAGGGAUUUGAUCGUACGACUUGUGUCACCACUUGUUAGUGUCUUAGUUUAACUAUAGAGUUGUUGUGUUUAUAUAUCAUCUUUAUGUCUGUGUAGGCUGAUGCUUGUGUAGGAUGUCUUCAGUGAAUUUCACUGGGAAGAAUGUGGAGGAGUUUACCAUCACAGGCUUCGACCACCUCUCUCACCAGAAGCUCCUGGGCUUCCUCAUCUUCAUCACCUAUUUCCUUGUGCUUCUGGGAAGCAGCACCAACAUCUGCAUCAUUUUGACGGACAGACGGCUGCACACGCCCAUGUACCUCCUCAUCUGUAACCUGGCCGUGGUGGACAUCAUGUUCACCUCCAGCACCAGCACCACCAUGAUCUCUGUCCUGCUGGGCGAGGUCAAAACCAUCUCUUACUACUCCUGCAUAUCAAGCAUGUACAUCUACCACCUGGGUGACAUCGAAGAGUGUCUGGCCCUGUCCCUGAUGGCUUUGGACCGAACCAUCGCUAUCAGCACUCCUCUUAGGUACCACAGCAUACUGACUAACCCAAGGCUCUUCCUGUUGAUCACAGCUACCUGGCUGAUAGGGUUAGGGGUCAUGGGGGUAGUAGCAGCUCAGGCAGACAGCCUUCCAUACUGCCAGCCCAUCAUUAGAUAUAUGUUCUGUGACUAUCCUGCUAUGGUCAGAGCUGCCUGUGUCAACCCUGAACCCUAUUGGAUGCUUCCCACCAUCCUGGGUCUGUGGUUGGUUGGUGCACAGCUCACAUUCAUUCUGCUGUCAUACGUGAAUCUGAUCUACACAGUACUGAGACUGCCAAACAACGAGAGCAGAGUGCAGGUGUUUAAUACCUGUAUUUGUCACAUCAUUGUGGUGUUCUGUUUCUACGCUCCCAAGUUAGUCUCUGUGUUGUUGACGAGGAUAGGGGUGAGGCUGAAUCUGACGGAGCGUAAUGCUUUAAUGAUUAUAGCUACGCUGUUACCUUCUCUGAUCAACCCAGUAGUCUACUGUCUGAAGACCAAGGAGAUUAGAAAGAGAUUGGUUCAGAUACUGUCUAGGAAAAGAACGGCAGUGAUGAAAUGAGGUAGUGAAAAGUAUUAUGUUGUGACUUCAAAUCAGUGUGUUUAAAGGUUUUAAAGAUAAUUUCCACUUCAGCUCACAUCAGCAGCGUUUACGUUGCCUUUAAGAGUUGCUUCGUCUUCAAGAAAGAUCAGAUUGAAUUUCUGUUGAAUAACCACAAUCCAAGGUUUAAAUAGUUCCGGCUUCUUCUGUCAGCACGUUACAUUACACCUGAAGAUAUCUAAAUGGUUUUAUUUUAUUACACUAAAUAUUCAACAUACUUUUUUUUAUUGUUGUUGCAAUGUCGAGAGUUAAACAUGCAAGUUAGAAUUUCAAUGUACGUUAUAGUGUACAUAACGUAUGUCCUGUGAAAAUCACAAAUAAACUUGAUUUGAUUAUAUAACCCCUAUUUAUAUAUACUUAUUUAACUUGAAAAGUCAGUUAAGAACAGAUUAUUUUUUUACUAUGACGGCCUACGUCAUGUAUGUCUGGGUUUUAUUCUGAAAGUACCUUUCCCAUACUCAUCUGCGAGUGAGAAGAGUUUCACAUGAGAGAUGUGUGAAUGACAGAGAAGUGAAGUGAUGGAGAUAACAUGUUGUUGUGCAACUAAAGUUGGUGCUGCUGCUAGUUGGGAAGGACUCAUCUAUAGAAAGGAGCUUGAUUGUAACCUGACUCUUUAUCAAUGAAUCCACAGGCCCUCUGAAUAAAGUGAUAUAAAAAUGAAGUCAAGAAAUUAUAGCUAUAAUAUGCUACACAGUUUUAGUAGGUCACAAUCCCCACCAGCGUAGUGGUUAAUGUCUAUUAAUAAUGAUUGGUUGCAUUCAUUGAAUCAGGACCUGGUUAUUGAGGACUACAGGGAUGCAGUGGAGAAGCUGGAAGACAAGAGGAGACUGGGCCUCUGUCCCAAAUGGCACCCUAUUCCCUUUAUAGUGCCAGGUGACCAGGAACCAAAAGUAGUGCACUAUAUAGGGAAUAGGGUGCCAUUUGAGAUGCAUCCUGGGAGGUCUGUCUGAGCCACACAGGACCAAAGAGUUUGGUCUCAUUUAAAGGAUCCUUUUACAAAAAUACAUUUAAAGUUACAGACACAAAGAAAUAUAAAAUAUGGGUCAUGUUUAUAUGUGAGAAGACCACUAUGUCACUGUGCAUUGUUGUUAAUGAAAUAGCUCUAUUUAUUUUAUUGAAGCUUAGUAACAAUAAAAACAAUCCAUUGUAAGUGUCA